AUGGCUUGCCUAGACCCCCGCGUAGUUUUCCACAUGUCGACGUUCCUGCCAUCCUUUCGCGAUAUCUGCAGAACCGACCUGACGUGCCCCAAUACGACGACGCCGGGCUCUGCCAACCACCUCGUUGUGGUCCAAGUCUCGAGGACGAUGGGAAUUGGGACCUUGUGGGAAUACUGCCCCAUGUCUGAACUCUGCAAGACGAGGAAGUGCGCCAUUCAGCCUGACCGGGUGGAUGUUGCCAUCGCCCGUCCGUAUAUCUACACCCUGCUGCCGCAGAACUGGCAGGCGCGGUUCACAUUCAUCGGCGCGAUAUCGAGUUGGAACAGAAGCCCGGGAGUGCCGCUUUGUCUUAGAGCGGAGGGUAGGAAGGCGGUGGUGGAGGCGCUAUUCUACUACGAGGAGGACGUGGAGCCCUUGAUACUCCCGUUGCUGUGCAGGGUGCACAACAACGAGAUUGAGGUGCCGCUCCGCCAGGCCCUCACGGAACAGGUCAUCCCUUGUCUCAACCGCUGGAAGCGGGUUCCCGGUGAAUUGCCCAGGACCUUCCAGAUCUAUAACGGCCGGACACGGCGGUUCCAGGACCUCACUUCCAUUGAUCAUCCCAUUCACGUUCCCCUUCGCCUUACCCGCAUCAUCAUGUUCAAGUACGCGCACAUCAUCGCGACUCCAUACGCGCACAUGUAUGGUCCUGGCGACCGUCCGUUGCGUCCUCUGUGCAGCCUCCUGGCGGGGAUGUACGACGUGCGGUUCAUCUGGCCGGUCAACUUCCCUUAUCGGCGCCGCCGCCUCAAUGCCGUAUCCCGCGUUCACGGCGGGGAGCUCGUCCACCCGGAUGAAGACGACCCGGAGUGCACCGUGGAGAUCGUAGAAGGUUAG